CUCUCCUCCCUCAUGCAUCAAUUCACCAUCGACGCAUGACAUUAGCACCGCAGCUUGUACAUCCCAACCUCUCGUAUCAUUAACCCCCCAAAAAAAAAAAAAUAUUUUUUUUAAUAAUAAUAAUCAAUUCCCACUUGCAUCUCCUGGCCUGUCUUUCUUUAUUUUCUACAGAGAAUCUCUGCACCCACCACUCACAACCUCCAUACACUUCACUCCACUUCUCCCCCUUACCCCUAAGCUGAACUUCUUCUCCCUCUAGACUUUGGAAAUGUCUCCGCCCAUUACCAAACCCACCGCCUCUUUGUUCUCCUCCGCUUCCAAACCACCGCCACCUCUCUGUACUUUCCUCUUCUUCCUCCUCCUCUGCAUUCUCGGCUUUUAUACUCUCCACCACCCUCACCCCAACCCUAGGGAACCCAAAUCUGCCCUUCGUUACCGCAACCUCUUCCUGUCUUUUUCCUCCAACUUUACCCUUGCCUCCUACCUCCGCGCUCUCACCCUCCACCCUCAUCUCGCGGGAACCCAACCAUCUCUUGACACCACUGAUUACGUUUACUCUCAUUUUAAGAAUCAUAAUCUUGAGACUCACAAGGUGGAGUACACGGCGCUUCUUUCGUAUCCUUCGCACGCCUCGCUAGUCGCGCAUUUCGCUAACGGUAGCGCUGUUAAUUUUUCAUUGACUGAGAUUUCUGGGAAAGUCGGUCCCGACGUUGUGCCGCCAUACCAUGCUUAUUCUCCGUCCGGUGCGGCGCAUGCUAAGGUGGUGUUUGUUAAUUACGGGCGUGAAGAGGACUACCGUUCGCUUGAAGCGUUGGGGGUGAAUGUUAGCGGGUGCGUGGUUUUGGCGAGGAAAGGUGGUGGGUUGAGUAGAGGGGGAGUGGUUAAAAUAGCUGAAUCUAAUGGGGCGUUGGCAGUGCUAUUGUACGUGGAGAGGGAUGGGAAGAGAGGAGGAAGAGGAGUAGAGAGAGGGACUGUUAUGAGGGGAGUGGGGGACCCACUGAGCCCGGGGUGGGCAGGAGUUAAGGGAGGAGAAAGGUUGGGCUUGGAGGAUAGUGAGGUCUUGGAGAGGUUCCCCAAAAUCCCAUCCUUGCCCUUGUCCUGCGAGACUGCUGACGUCAUCUUGGGGUCCCUAAGAGGUCCUAUGGUGCCGCGGGAGUGGAGGGAUUCGGGUCUGUCUAUGGUUGGGCCUGGUCCGACCCUGGUCAAGUUCACUUACCAGGGGGAGAAAAAGGAGGGGACAAUCCAUAAUGUCUUCGCUGUUAUAAGGGGAUUAGAAGAGCCUGAUCGUUAUGUGAUACUUGGCAACCAUAGAGAUGCAUGGACAUAUGGGGCUGUUGACCCUAACAGUGGGACUGCUGCAUUACUUGACAUUGCUCGACGAUUUUCUCUUUUGAUGCGGAUCGGGUGGAAACCUCGAAGAACAAUUAUCCUCUGUAGUUGGGAUGCAGAAGAGUUCGGGAUGGUAGGAUCUACUGAGUGGGUUGAACAGAAUCUUGUCAACUUGGGUGCCAAAGUAGUGGCCUACCUUAAUGUUGAUUGUGCAGUUCAAGGGCCAGGAUUCUUUGCUGGUGCAACUCCUCAGCUAGAUAAUCUUCUUCGCGAGGUUACAAAGAAGGUCAAGGAUCCGGACUCUGAGGGUGCAACAGUUUUUGAGAAGUGGGCAGCCACAAAUCAAGUCAUUAGUAUUGAGAGACUCAGUGGAGUUGAUUCUGACUUUGUCCCAUUUCUGCAACAUGCAGGGGUUCCUUCUAUUGAUAUAUAUUAUGGAAGAGAUUUCCCUGUGUAUCACACUGCUUUUGACUCCUAUGAUUGGAUGACAAAGCAUGGAGAUCCUUUAUUUCAUCGUCACGUGGCUGUUGCUGGGGUAUGGGGACUUGUAGCCCUUCACCUGUCUGAUGAUUCUAUUCUUCCUUUUGAUUACCUAUCUUAUGCAGAGCAACUAGAGGGGCAUAAAGAUGUGUUGAGCAAUUUAUUGGUUCAAAGCAUCUCUCUCAAUCCUUUAAUCACUUCGAUUCAAGAAUUCACCUUGGCUGCUAAAGAAGCUGAAGAUGAAGCAAGGCAAUUGAGAUGGCAAGAAAGGAGGGGUGAUAAUUUGGCUUUGAAGUUGCGUGCGUUAAAUGACCGGCUGAUGCUUGCUGAAAGAGGCUUCUUGGAUGCAGAUGGGCUGCGAGGACGGCAUUGGUUUAAGCAUCUUAUUUAUGGGCCUCCUGGUGACUACGAAAGCAAACUGGAUUUCUUCCCUGGUAUAGCGGAUGCUAUUUCUGGUUCCACAGGCAAGAGUCCUCGGGAUCAGCAAGCAGCAAUUCAGCAUGAGAUAUGGCGAGUUGCUAGAGCCAUUGAAAGGGCUACUAGUGCUCUUAAAGGGCAACUCACUUAAAAAUCUGUUGGAAAAAGUUGUGCACCCUCAGGAAGCAUCAAAUUGUAUAUACGAGUUACCUGUAAAUUUAUGGUUCUCUUUACAUGCAGUCUCAGACUGCACAGAGUUCUUGGCUUCGUAAAUUAUUAUAAUUCCAAAUCAAAUGAAAUCUACAGCUGAUUUUGGCCUUA